CUCCGCCGAUAAUGGCGUCAACGAAGCACUGAAUGCGGCAAAUCUUCGAUUCCUAAUCAUUCUUAUUUUCGACAACCAUUUGCCUUUCACUGCUCAGACAGACGUUAAAAUAGGGAGAUCAACCAUCCUGAAGCUUCUCAUCUACAUUCUUCUCUUUAUACUCUCCUACAUUUCUAUGUCCUUCUUCUCCCGCCUUUUGCGCCCGUUCUCUACCAUGUCCAAUACCCCCGCACAACCUAUGAACGUACCGGCUGGUGCGCAAACCGCCACUGUCGCAGCCGGAUGCUUCUGGGGUGUCGAGCACAUGUUCCGAAAGGCAUUCGCAAACAAAGGACUGCUCGACGCGCGUGUUGGAUAUAUCGGAGGCGACACCAGCGAUCCAGGCUAUCGAGCUGUGUGUAGUGGACGAACAGGCCACGCGGAAGCUCUACAGAUCGCAUACGAUCCGAAGUCUGUUUCUUACCGCACACUCCUUGAAUUCUUCUAUAAGAUGCACGAUCCCACCACGGCCAACGCGCAGGGUCCCGAUAUCGGAUCGCAAUACCGCUCUGCCAUCUUUUUUCACGACGCUGAACAGGAGAAGAUUGCCAAAGAAAUCACAGAGAAAGUCAACAAGCAAUGGUGGAAGAAUCGCGUGACCACAGAGGUUCUGCCUGCGGGACAGUGGUGGGAUGCGGAAACCUACCACCAAAAAUACUUGGAUUACAACCCUGCGGGAUACGAGUGUCCCAGCCAUUUCCUGAGAAGUUUCCCUGAUUUGGUAGAUUAGAAUGCGCCAAGCCUGUAU